UCGUAAGUUUGGUAUAUAAAUACGGGUCAUGGAGAACAGCCUCGAACAAACUAGGCUGUCUUCCCAGCUGGACGACCGCUCUUCACUUUGUAGGAAAAAAAAAAGAAGUAUCAGAGACGGGGGGAAUAAAUAUAUUUCAGAAGAUAAAGUAUUAUCAUUUAUCUAAAAUCGUUUAAUCGUAUCAGCGGGUUCUGUUUGUUUAUAUAGAGCAGCUUGCACUUCUGUCUUUGUUCAGUUUUUGUGUUUUUAAGGAUGGGGUUGGGAGAGGUGGUGUUGCUGUCCGUCCUGUGCUGCCGUGUCCACGCUCUCGUCUUGGAUUACAACACCAUCCGGGGGUCUGCGGAGGUGGGGGUGAGGAGCGACACGCUGGACCGCUGCCUGACGGACAGCGACUGCGAAUCCAUGAAGUUCUGCCAGAACACACGCGGCGGAGAGUCUGUCUGUGCCGCCUGCCAGCCGCUCCGCCGGCGCUGCCAGCGCAAUGCUACGUGCUGCCCGGGGACGCUCUGCAUCAACGACGUGUGCGCUCAGCCUGAAGAGGGUGGUGUGACAACCGGGCCGGUCUCGCCCGCGACGCGCCGGAGGAGCGGACACCACACCCUGGAAAGCAAACCCAAAAAGCAGGCCAAUGGCAAAGGGCUGGAGGGAGCGUCUUGCCUGCGCACCGCGGACUGUGCAGUUGGCUUGUGCUGCGCUCGUCACUUCUGGGAGAAGAUCUGCAAGCCCAUGCCGAAGGAGGGGGAGGUGUGCUCAAAACGGGGGCGUAAGGAGGCCCCCCAGGGUCGCGAGCUCUUCCAACGCUGCGACUGCACAGUUGGGCUCGCCUGUCGCCCCCAAAACAAGGGCGAGGAGAGCCGCAAGUCCCGCCUGCGUGUCUGCCAGCGCCCCCUACAGGGACCCGCAGGACAGGGCAACAGCGGCGCCAAGACGCCCAACCGGAAGAGACGGCAUUGAGCAGCGGGGUUCAUAGCAAGGACAAACCACCUGCAUGAACUGGAGGGACUGGAUUCCUGACCUUAACCGUUUCUGUUUUUAAAAUCAGGAACACUUAUUUGAAAGUGGAAUCUUAUUUUUUUUAUGUUUUAUUAUUUUGAUUCACAAUUGUCACUUUUUUCUCCCACUCCAAUCAAAAUAGUGUUUAUUUUUUUGUUAAAUCCAUGCAAGUUGUGAGUCGCACUAGAGAUUUCACUGUGAUGUGUUUUAUUUCAGUACCUUGUAUAUUUUUCAAUAGUAGAUAGGCGAUUGUACCAAAUGGCUUUUAAAUGGCUGACCUACAAGCUGCAUUUCCAAAGGCUGGUGCUGCUCAGCUAUUCAUUUUUCUGUCUAGAAGACAGUAUGCUGCACCGCGGCUGCCGUUGACACACUUUAUUUUUUGUGAGUCUUGGACUCCGCUCUGAACUCAUGUAUGUUUCCCCCACUCGGUGCUGCCCUGCGUAUCUGAUUCAAACAUUCCCAGCAGCAGCACGUGAUACUCCUCUUACCGCAGGAGGGGCCCGGUCUGUUCAGCACCACAGGCAGGGAACGUGGUUUCACCAGUCUCUCGUCUAUUGUGUAAAAGCUGUCUUGUUUACAGGGGGUUUCAAACAAGAGAGAAUCAUUGCAGUCCUUGCAUGCGCCAUUCAUUCCAGCCAGGCCCCGUUCACUGCAGCCCUGUUUCCUUGGUUUCUCAGCUGACCCCAAGUUGAAAUGGCUCCUGGCCACCCAGUUGAAUAGCGCUGUGAUGGAGAAACAGGCUGGAAUGGUACAUAGAGCAGAAGGGAGCCUCGUAUUCUGUUAUUAAAACCUUACUGUUCCUGGCUUCAUAAUAUCAAGUAACACUACAUAAAAUACAGAAGCCAUCAUUGUAACACUGUUAACCACUUUACACAUUUUAAAAUGUGCCUUUUUCAUAUUGAACUACACAAAAAACAGCAAUAAGGGAGCAAAAACAUUGCUGACUCAAGCAAAAGGGUCACAAACAGGCUUGAAUAGCUUCUGAGGAUGUAACUGCAGUCCGCGUCAUUUUAGCGUGAAGUUUGCAAAUUGCCCAGUUCUUCGUACCCGGGCCCUUCCCUUUUCAGUUCAAGAUUGUUUUUAAUAUGUACAUUUGUAUUUAAAUCCUUAUUUUUCAAUAA